AUGGCACAACGCUUUUCCUUCUCUGCUCUCUGUGUCACAACAGAUACGGACGGUGUAACCGAUCCCAUCGACCUGACCUUAUGUCGAUUGCUCCUGGUAUCCGAUGAUCUUGGUCAGAACAUUUGGUUUGCUACGCGUUCCGGUAUUAUCGGACGGUUUCCGAUGCCCUCGAUUGUUCACGGCAAAGAAGGAGGACCAGAGCCGGAUAAAUUUGUGAUCGCCUUGGGUCAUGACGAUGUGAACUUGUGGUCCGAACAACCUCAAUCACCGCAGCACCAGUCCAAGAUAAGUGAGUAG